GUGUUAGACUGCGACUCUGCCUCCUGGUCUCAACUCUGGGUUGUCAUGGAUUUGGUCCACUAAUAAACUUGGCCAGAUUUCUAGAAAUGAGAGCUGCUACCCAGAAAGGAACAUGGACACAGCACAGGGAAACAAGUACAACCACAACAGGAAGUGUCUGCUCAUAUAUAUAUGAGCUUCAGUUCCUCAGUCCGUUUAUUGCAUUUCCACUUUAGAAACCUCUGACAUUCCUUUCAAACAAGGCAGUGUUCUACUUUUUCAUACUAUAACUAGUUGUAGAGAUGAUCGGUAGAGACAUAGCACUAGAAGCUUUGGGCAUACUCCUCAAUGCCAAUGUAACUUCUGUACAAAAUGCAGGAUCACAAUCUGGUUAUAACGGAGAUGUAGUUGAUGGACGAUCAGCACAGCAGCACCUGUCCAUCAAGAAUUUCAUCCCAACAAUCUUCGAUGCAGAUGAAACCAGCCUGGUGUCAAGAUCCACCUUUUCCAGGCUCCAAAGCUUCUUGGAAGAUGGUGUACAGGUAGAAGGCUUUGACGAAGUGGACAUGCCAACAAGAAAACAUUUCCUUAUCGACGAGAAUGAAUUCUUUCAUCCAAAUUAUGACUAUGAUUUCACCCAUUUGAAAGACACCAAGACUUAUUACAGAGGUGGAGAGGUGUAUGAACGCCCAUGUGGUUGGAAGCGUUUUGCCCUCAGGGUCCUGGAUAAGUAUGAUGGAAAUACCUGGCUGGGAAACCGAUACCGCAGCACAGAGUCAGUGCCAGGAGAGUGGCCUGUCUCCUACCAUGGGACAUCAAAGGAAGGUGCUGAAGGCAUCAUCGCAGGAUUCUACAAGCCAGGCCCACGGCAGCUGUAUGGCAGGGGGAUUUAUUCUACUCCAAACAUCACUGAAGCAAAAAACUACGCCAAAACAUUCACCUCCAAAAAUGAUGGCAAGAGAUACAAAGUGGUUCUGCAGAAUCGUAUCAACCCUGCGUACAGGCAGAAACACAGAAACAAUGGAGAUUACUGGCUGGUUUCCAUCCCAGAAGGAACAUCAGUGACAGAAGAGCAGAAGAUGGUAGAAAGGGCCAUCCGUCCUUAUGGCCUCCUGUUGAGGGAGGUCUAACAGGGCGAGAAGAAAACCCACAAAUUUGGCCACGUAUUUGUUUCCUCAGCUUUAUUUUGAAAAGCCAGUGGGUGGGUUGUCUCUGAAGCCAGUCUGUGAAAAAUACUCUGAUGUAGUCAAAUUAUAUUGAAUUCAAAAAAUCCAUUACUUUAUGUAGUAACUUGUUCUUUAGACUUGUGUCAAAAAUUCAAACAUACUGUACUGGCCUAUUUGUAUUUUUUGUAUUUGUAUUUUAAACAACCUGUUGUCCAGCACAGGAAAGUAGGAGGAGAAAGGAGGAGAAAACAGGCAGUAGGAGAGAGAGAUACAGAUUUAACAGCAGCUUUAGAGAGAUGCAUUUAAGUCAAAGAAGUUUGAUUAAUAACUCUUAAUUCUUAAGUUUGUGGGAAGGAGUAAAAUCUCACUUUUCUGGUGCAGUUUGGUUUAAAUCAGAUGUUGCUCUAUUAAGCAUUCACAUGAGGAGUCAAAGCUUUAUUUAACUGUACAUAAGGACUAUCAAUCUAGGUGGACUGAUAACAUUUUCCUUUCUCACUUUUCCUUUCACUCAGAGAACAGUGGUCACAGAGUAAACAGCAGUUAGUAAUGUGAUUUCUUGUAAGUGGGCAACUUUCUCUGCAGAGACCAAUGGAAUGAAAGUGAAACAAUCAACUUCCAUUUUAUAUGUUGUAUAGUCAUGAACCCUCCGCCGUGGCUGGCUGCCUAGUUACGUGUGUCAGGGUGGGUUUUGUUGUUUUUUGGUGAAGUGCGGGUGUGUUUUUGUUCUGUCUGUAUGUUUUUCUGUCUCUCAAUCUCUCCAGUCAGGAAAGUGAGCCUGGGCUUGAGGUUUGGCACUCCCAGGAUCUAUCUGUCAUCUGACUCCAUCCACCACACAGCAGCUCCAUAAAAACAACCUCACAUCCAGUAUAGUUAGAAUAGUUAGGGGACACCGGGGGAUGGUUGCAACACAGGACAGUUGUAACAUGUCCAAUUUCUGUAAUCAGGAACAAGUAGUAGCACCCUGUGGCAGGCACAGCCAAUUUUAAAAAGAAAAAAAUACACACAAAUAACACAAACAUUAAUGUUUAAUUGUUUUAUUGUUAUGUUCAAAUGUUAAAACCUGUAAGCUUCUCUGUGGGCCCAAGACGCCUGCUCUCCAGGAGUGGCAUAUGUCCAUCACCACUGUGAUGGUGCAUGAAACAAGCACGUUACUAAUAUGACUCCAAGUAACUAAGAUAUUUGGAUCAGCCCUACACAUCAAUAAUGUU